AUGGCCUUCUACUGGAUGUUUCAACCUAUCCCAAUCUCCAUAACUGGACUCAUCCCCCUGGUGAUGUUACCGAUUAUGGGUAUCGUGCCUAUGGAGGACGUAUGUUUGAAUUACAUCACAGAAAGCAUCAUUUUACUCAUUUCGGCUAUCAUAGUCUCAUCAGCUGUUGAACAAUACAACUUGCAUCGCCGGCUUGCGCUACGUACGCUACUGUUUGCAGGAUCGGACCCAAAGCGGUUAUUAUUGUCUUUGAUGAUCACCGCAGCGUUCCUAUCAAUGUGGAUUAUGAAUAUGGCUGUUUAUGCAAUGCUAUUUCCAAUAGUACAAGUGUUGGUAGAGGAGCUCGAAAAACAAUCCCGCCAGGACCACAGUAACCCAACGGGUAUGGUGAACAGUGCUUAUGAGCAAGAGCAUCAUAAAAAUGGAAAAGCAACUCGUGACGAGAAUGCAAUCGAAAUGUCUGCCGUAAUUGAGGAGAAUUGUACUGGAAUGAGGGAACAGCAGCCGAAAAACUCGUACCCUGGUGACGUAACAAGAAAUGGUACAAAUGGGCCUUCACAUUUGAUGAUGUGUUUUAAUUUGGGAUUGGUUCAGGCACUGACAAUUGGCGGAGUCGGGACAUUAGUUGGAACGUAUAUACCAUUGGUAUUGGUUCAAAACCUGGAGAAAUAUUAUGGCCCAAGUGCAAAGCCGAAUUUUGGCGAGUGGAUGGUAUAUGCAAUACCAACGCAGAUAGUAUGCUUGGUUCUUGCCUGGACCUGGUUGCCAACCUUUUUUUUGAAUUUAGGUCAAUCUAUAUUACUUUGUUUCUCUGGUCGAAGUAACUGUCUAAAAAAGAAGCAGACAGAAGAAGGUGGUAUUGUGGAUGUAUUACGCAAACAAUAUGACGAACUGGGCGCUAUUAAGUGGUCAGAAAUAGUGGUUAUCUUCAUUUUUGUUGUGCUGAUAGUUAUGUGGCUUUUUGAAGACCCCAAGUUUGUGACGGGUUGGAGAUCAUGGUUCAAACCAGGUCGAGUACCCUGGGAUAUUGUAUUUUUAGCUGGAGGAGGACUCUCGAUUACAGUAGGCAUCAAGAAAUCUGGUCUUGACAUGUUGGUAGCUGACACGUUAGAUGUUUUGAACUCAUUGGACCCAUGGAUAGUGUUGCUGAUCACUACCACUAUGGGUGCCCUGCUGACCGAAUUUUUAAGUGGUGCAGUGUACAUGAGCAUUAUUCUACCUAUUGUUUACGUAACGGUAAAAACUAUUUUAUUCUGA